AUGUUUCAACCAACGCAUAAUAGACAUGAUAGCCUUUUGAGCUGUCAAAUUGCUCAUAAAAAAAUCAUUCAAGCGAGGAUGGCUUUGCCCUCCUUGGGAGGCCUAUAGAUGAUAAUUGUUCUUACCAAACAACAUACAAGUUGCAAGCCAAUCCUGGGCCUCAUGGGGAGUUCUCAAACUUCAAUCCCUCAACAAAAAAAUUGUUUCCUUACUGUUUUGUUCUUGUUUCUUUCAACUUCAAGUGCCCAGAACGUUUUGCUAAGAGGUUCAUCUCUAUCAGUAGAAGAUGAUUCAGACAUCCUUACCUCACCAGAUAAAACAUUCUCUUGUGGAUUCUAUGGGAUGGGACAAAAUGCUUAUUGGUUCUCUAUUUGGUUCACCAAUUCCAAAGACAGGACUGUGGUUUGGAUGGCCAACAGAGACAGACCUGCUAAUGGCCGAGGUUCAAGAGUUUCUCUACGACGAGACGGGGCAAUGGUCUUGACAGAUGUUGAUGGCUCCAUCAUAUGGGAGACUAACACCACCUCCACUGAUGUUGGAAGAGCAGAGCUUCUGGACACUGGUAACCUUGUUCUUAAAGGCCGUAAUGGUACGAAUCUAUGGCAAAGCUUUGAUUUUCCUACCGAUACACUUCUUCCAAACCAGUUAUUUACAAAGAGGACAAAGCUGGUUGCUAGAUUGCAUAGCGGGUCUUAUGCCUCUGGAUAUUUUAGUUUCUUUUUUGAUAAUGAUAAUGUGCUGAGGUUGAUAUAUGAUGGUCCUGAUAUUUCAAGCAUAUACUGGCCUCGUCCUGAUUUUAAUCCAUUCGGAAAUGGUAGAACAAAUUAUAAUAGCAGCAGAACUGCGGUUUUUGAUGAAAUGGGCCAUUUUAUAUCUAGUGAUCAGCUCCAGUUCAGUGCUCCUGACACGGGUUUAUUAAGGAUCAAAAGGAGGCUAACAAUGGACCAUGAUGGGAAUCUCAGGCUUUAUAGCCUGAACAAUGAAACUGGAUUGUGGGUGAUAUCAUGGCAAGCUCUUUCUCAGCUUUGUAAUGUUCAUGGAAUUUGUGGGAUAAACUCGAUUUGUGUAAAUACACCAGACCCCAAGUGUUCAUGCCCACCUGGCUAUGAGAUCACUGAGCCUGGUAAUUGGAAUAAAGGCUGCAAGCCUAUGUUCAACAGCACUCUUUCACAGUCUCAGCAAGUGAAGUUUGUGCUGUUGCCCCAUGUAGAUUACUGGGGAUUUGAUCUUAAUUACAGUGCAUCCACUACAUUUGACUCCUGCAUGAAGCUCUGCUUGGGGGAUUAUCGGUGUAAAGCAUUUAGCUAUAGGCUAGAUGGGGGACAACUUUGCUACACAAAAGGCGUGCUUUUCAACGGUUACCAGUCUCCAAGUUUUCCAGGCAAUAUAUAUCUGAGAUUGCCAGUGAGUUUUGAGACAUCUCAACUGGGUAUUCUUAAUGGCACUGACCUCAUUUGCCAGUCUGCAGAAUCAGAAACAACGAUCGGUUCUCUUUCUAUGUAUAACUUCAACAAUAAGAGGACCAGAUGGGUUUAUUUCUACUCAUUUGCUUCUGCCAUUGGAUUUAUUGAAAUUCUCUUUGUAGUUUCAGGUUGGUGGUUUCUUUUCAGAAAGCGUGGUUUGCCAAAUUUGGCGGAAGACGGAUAUCAUGUGGUAUUAAGUCCAUUUAGGAGGUUUACUUACUCUGAGCUCAAGAAGGCGACGAACAACUUCAAGGAAGAGCUGGGAAGGGGAGGUUCUGGAGCCGUAUAUAAGGGCAUUUUGACAGAUGAAAGGGUUGUAGCUGUGAAGAGACUGGAAAACAUGUACCAAGGGGAAGAUGUAUUUUGGGCAGAAGUGAGCACAAUUGGAAAAAUCAAUCACAUGAACCUGGUGAGAAUGUGGGGAUUCUGUUCAGAGGGCAAACACAGACUCCUAGUCUAUGAGUACAUGGAAUAUCAAUCACUGGACAAGCAUCUAUUCUCUCCAACGUUUCUUGAAUGGAAAGACAGGUUUAAAGCGGCCUUAGGGAUAGCUAAGGGUUUGGCUUAUCUUCAUCACGAGUGUUUAGAAUGGGUUAUACAUUGUGAUGUGAAGCCAGGAAAUAUUCUUUUGGACAGUGAAUUUGAACCCAAGAUUGCAGAUUUUGGGCUUGCCAAGUUGUCUCAGAGGGGUGGCAAUAGCUCUGACUUCUCUCAGAUUCGAGGAACCAAGGGUUACAUGGCUCCAGAGUGGGCUACAAAUCUUCCUAUCACUGCAAAAGUUGAUGUUUAUAGUUAUGGAGUUGUGGUUCUAGAGAUAGUGAAAGGAAUCCCACUCUCAAAUUGGGUCAUAGAGGGCAGGGAAGAGCAUGAUGAAUCAGAUCUAACAAGGUUUGUCAGGGUGGUGAAAAGGAAAAUUCAGUGCGGAGAGACCUCUUGGAUAGAAGAAAUAGUGGAUCCAAGAUUGAAUGGUCAGUUUAGCAGGAGCCAAGCAAAAACGAUUGUUGAACUUGGCAUGUCUUGUGUAGAGGAAGAUAGAAACAAGAGACCAACAAUGGAUUCAGUAGUCCAAGCCCUAUUAGAAUGUCAAGAUGAAUCUUAAACCCAGCUUUUGGACAGUCGGUAAUUGCUUCAAAUUGUAAUUUGUUAAGCAGUUUCCUUUUGGAGUUUUGGCUCUAAAGUGAUUUUUUGCUUCUGUCAUCGAAUAACAUUCAUGUCGUUAAAAUUC